CAUCAGCGCUGCCCUUGUGAGUUUGCAGGCGAUGCUCUCCACUCUGCUUGCCUCGGCGCUGGCCGCGGCGCCCGAGAAGGUGCUGCUCACGAUGCGCACCUCACUCGCGAAAGACGACCUCGCCGCCGCCAUAUCGGCCGGGAAGACGGCGCUCCAGUCGUGCUCCGCCGACAAGGCGUCCGAGGCGCCGCUGCACCGCGUGCUGAACGCGUCGGUGCACGGGAUCGAGCGGAAGCAGCAGCUGCUCAGCGCGACUCCGAAGCCCAUGCCGAAGCUCGAAAAGGCGCUGAAGAGCGCCGGCAAGAAGCUGAAGGCCGUGAAGGACGAGUUUGACGGCGAGGAGCUGCUCUCCAAGGACGACAAGGCGACAAUCGCCAAGGCCGAGGCGGCGGAGAGGGCCGCGCGGCUCGCGAUCGACGAAGCCAAGGUGGUCGAGCGGGUCAAGGCGGGGCGCGGCAUGAGCGCGCUCCCCUUCUCGUCGCUGCUGGCGUCGCUGCGCGCAGGGCCGCACGCGGGCAGGCUGACGGUCCUCUCGGAGGCGCCGCUCGUGGUGACGGUGGACGACUUUCUGGGCGCCGCUGGGAAAGAGGCGCUCGCCGACCUGCCCGCCGUGCUCGACAGCCUGGCGCACGAGGAGGAGGGCAGCCCGCAGCUGUGCCUCGGAGACGCGCCCGACAAGGCGGUCACGAAGAAGGUGGAGGAGGCGAUCAAGGAGGCAAAGAAGGCGGCGUCGAAAGGCAACGGACGCGAGAAGCGGGAGACGCAUUCUUGCAAGGCCCACUGCAACGCCACCGCCGCCCUCGUCUCUAUCGCCGCAAACUACAGCGAGGCGGGCGGCGGAGGGCCGCCCGGCAGCGCGCCCGACAGCGGCUGCGGCCCGCUCACGCCCGCGCUGGACGCGGCUCUGACCCAGCGCGACGCGGCUUGGAUGAUCAUUGGCGCAAACAAGGCGGCCGACUUGCUCGACGCCGCCAUCAGCGGCGUGGUGGGCUUCACGGCGCAGGACGCAGAGGCGGCGUUUGCGCAGGUGGAGGAGAGGAUGGUGGAGCGGGACGACCCGGCGACGGUGGAGGUCCCGCCCGAGUGGGACGAGGAGGAGGACGGCGAGUGGGAGCCGAGCAAGCUUCCGGGCGAGCCGCCCGAGGCGCAGGUGGUGCAGCUGAGCGCGGCGGACGCGUCGCCGCCCGGCCUCGGGCUCGCCUACGCCUACUCCUCCUCGCCCGAGAUUCUGCGGCACCCGCCCCGCGGCGGGUACCGCGCCGCGACCGGCGGAGGGCGCAAGCUCGCGCUGGAGUGCGACGACUUUGCCAGCGAGUCGCCGGUGUCUGCCGUGCUCGGCGCGCACCUGUACGCGACGACCGUGCCAAAGGGCAAGGGCGGCGAGGACACCUUCCCCGCGCUCGGUGUGAGCGUGCGCCCCGAGGCGGGGCGGUUGUUGCUCUUCGAGGUUGCGAUGCCGGACGGCGGGUGCGACCCCGCCUCCGCAGCCGCUUCGGCGCCCCUCAAGCCGGGCGGCGCCGACAAGCUGCUCCUCAGCAAGCGGUUCUACUCGGCCCCCGCCUUUGACCGCGGCGCAAACAAUGCCGAGACGCCGCAGCAGCCGCCGCGCAAAGUGCUCUGCGACGCGGAGAACGGCUGCCAGCGCCGCGAGCCCGCCGGCCGGCCGCAGCAAGGCGCGGCCGUGCAGGCGGCGCACUCGUACAAGGCGCCGCCGCAGUGAGGCUGUCUCGCAACCAGCCGACGGGCGGAGGGGCGGAGGGCCGUGGCCGCCUUUCCGGGAGACCCCGCAGCUCGCGCCGAUCGCCGACCCUCGACUGCCGCCGCGAGCGGAGCGAUCUAUGUAGGGGCAUGCGCCAGCGGCCGGCAAUCUGUUGCGCGGCUCGCGUGCUGAGGUGCCGCGGCAGAGGGGCGUGAGGGCGAUGCGUGCGAGCCGACGUGCCGCCGCGCUCCCUCUUGAGUGCGGUCUGAGGGGUCAUGCGCCAUCCAACGUCCUUCCCACCCUCGGACACCGAGCCCCUCUAAUGAAGAGCUCCGUCUGAGUGACGUGUGGCGUGUGUUUAGAGUCAUGGGAAUAGCGUUAGACCCCAAAAGGAUGAAGAAG